AUGGACCCUCCCUCAGCCCUUCUCCCAACAUGUGUCCCCUGGCAGGGGCUCCUACUUACAGCCUCACUUUUAGCCAUGUGCAAUGUGCCCACCACUGCUGAAGCCACCACUGAGUCAGUGCCACCCGCUGUCCUCGAAGGGAGCAGUGUCCUUCUACUCGCUCACAAUCUGCCAGGCAACCUUUCAGCCUAUCACUGGUUCAAGGGGGAAAAGCCACUGGACAAAAAUCUAAUUGUAACGUAUGACAUAACAUCUCAGGAAAUGAAGCGAGGAAAGCUACACGAUGGCAGAGAGACACUAUACCCUAAUGGAUCCUUGAUGUUACAGAAUGUCACCUUGAAGCAAUCUGGAAUCUACAACCUAAAUAUCCAGUCUGCAGAGUCUGACCAAAAAUCAGUGCUCGUGGAGGUCUUCGUAUACCCUCGGUUAUCCAAACCCUCUAUAAGAAGCAAUGGCACCACAGCUGUGGAGGGGCAAGAGGCUGUUGAAUUGACAUGUGACCCUCCCUUCCUGAAAACAACCUACGUGUGGCGGCUAAACGGUAAGGAACUUCCAGGUGACAACAACGUCAGCCUGUCCCAGAGUAACACAACUCUCACUUUACUCAAGGUCUCCAGGCAUUUCACAGGACACUAUGAGUGUGAAGUCCAGAACCCGCUAAGCGCCUUUCGGAGUAACCCAUUCACUCUGGAUGUUUACUAUGGUCCAGAUACCCCCAAAAUAUUUCCCCCAUACAAAUACUUUGAAGAAGGACAAAGCCUGUGGCUAUCCUGCCAGGCAACCUCUUACCCUGAAGCACAGUAUUCCUGGAUUAUCAAUGGCAAACCCCGGAAAUCUGACCAAGAGGUCUUUAUCCACAAGGUUAGCCCAAGUAAUAGUGGAUUAUAUACCUGCCUCGUCAAUAACCCGACAACUGGCCGAGAUAAUUUCAAAGUUAAAGAAGUUACAGUAGUUGAGAAAUUGCGGAAGCCCCAUAUCCAAAUCAAAAAUAAAACUGUGCUAGAACACCAUUUUGUGGACCUGACCUGCGUAUCAGAGAAUCCUGGCAUCUCCAUAUGGUGGACAUUCAAUAACAAGAGACUGAAGACCACAGACAGGGUGGUGUUCACCUUGAACAACAGAAGUCUCACCAUAGGACCCAUCACAAAGGAGGAUGCUGGGGCAUACCAGUGUGAGGUCUCCAAUCCCUUCAAUUCCAGGUUAAGCGACCCAGUCAGCCUGGCUGUACUCUAUGAACCGUCAAAAAGGAAUUACCCAAUUUCAGCCCCGAUGGCUGCUGCCUUGGUUGUGGAAUUUCUGGCUGGGCUGGCUAUACUAGGAGGCCUGGCAUACUUCGUGUUUUUCAAGAAACUUCACAC